AUGGAUGUGGAUGAGUGUGCCGAAAACGCAUGUGGUGCCAACUCUGAGUGCUCCAACACUCCAGGAAGUUAUUACUGCAUCUGCCUGGAUGGGUACAUCGCCUCUUCAGGACUUACCUGGGAGGAUGGAGUUACUGUGUGCACAAGUUCAGAUGAAUUUCUUGCUUCUCUAAACCCCCCUGAGUCAGUGACUGCUGUCCUGGGCACGACCGUGUCUGUCACAGACAACAUAUCCCCUGGGGAUGGAAAGGAACAGCAGGCCAAUACAGCCAACAUGGUCCUGAGGAUCUCAGAAGGGCUGGCCUCUGCCCUGGUUGAGCCCAGUUCUCUGGAAAAUAAUAGAACUGUGACGACACCAACCAUAGGAUCCGCUUCUGCAGUCCUGCUGUCAGUCAGCGGGGUGGACAAGUUCAUGAGUCCCAGUUUCUUCGAGAGUGAAAAUGUCACAGAGAUAUAUUCUGACAUCAUCACCGCCACACUGCCUAAGACGAAACACAAGGAGCUCCCUGAGCCUGUCAACUUCACUGUGUACCACAAGAAGAAGUUCCAGGCUGGCCUGGUUACCUGUGUGUACUGGAAGGAACAGGGGGAGGAGACUCGCUGGUCAGUGGAUGGGUGCACAGCCUCCUUCUCCAAUGAGAACUACACAGUAUGCAGUUGUACCCACCUCUCCACCUUCGCCCUCCUCCUGCAGACGGAGGAACAGGAAGAGGACAGUUCUCUGCUGGAGGCGGUGAACCUGUUCUGUAUGAGUGUGGGUCUGGCCUUCCUCGCCCUUGCCAUCCUCACAUUCCUGCUGUGCACAUGGAACCCUAAAAUCAACAACACCGCCCGCCUCCACCUCAGUAUCUGCCUCUUCUUGGGUCACCUGCUCUUCCUUGUGGGCGUGUCUCGCACUGAGAAUGCGGUGGCGUGUGCAGUCAUUGCAGGCAUGCUGCACUUCCUCUUCCUGUCCAGCUUUGUGUGGAUGCUGCUGGAGACUCUACAGCUCUUCAUGCUGGUCAGAAGCCUGUCCAAAGUGCAGGUCAUCCAGAAGGAGGGGCUGAGGGCACUGUACCUCCUGCUGGUUGGCUACGGAGCUCCCCUGGUGGUGGUGGGAGUGUCUGCAGCAGUGUAUUCAGACGGCUAUGGCAGCAAAGACGCUUGCUGGUUACAAAAUGAAAAAAACUUCCGUUGGAGUUUUAUUGGUCCAGUGGCUGCUAUUCUCACUCUCAACUUGGUCUCAUUUUGUGUGGUCAUCUGGAACCUGCUGCCUACUCUAGCCAACAUGAAGAGUGACGUCUCCCAGUCAAGAGACACCAGGCUUAUCAUCUUCAAAAUUGUUGCCCAGUUUCUCAUUUUGGGGUGCACCUGGAUCCUGGGAUUUUUCCAGAGAACCUUUGUGUUAAAAUACCUCUUCGUCAUUCUCAACUCACAGCAGGGCACCUUCAUCUUCAUCGUUCACUGUCUGCUCAACAAAGAGGUGCGGGAGCAGUACAGGAGGUGGCUCUCUUGUCUGUGUAGAACCGAAGGGCCUUCAGGAAGCAGACCCAAAGAAAAUAAUAUGAAACACUCUGGGAAUACCGCAUCCUAA